GUUCUUAGGGUCUGCGCUCUGGCGGGGCGGAGCGGGCGAAAGUUCAGCGGUCAGUGACAGUCAUGCAGGAAGACGUGAAGAGACAAGGGACGCACGCCGAGGCCGCGCGAAGCUCCAGUGACGACGUAGGAAGGCAUGUCGACGAGAUGUAGCGUGGGUUGUGAGUAAAAGUGAGAGGUGUUGUCAAGUGCAAGCGCUGCGCACGAACGUACUCGCAUACCAUAUGUGGCAUCUCCGGUGGCCGGAUUUUGUCAGGCGGUGUCAGCCCUGACAAAGGCGGGCGAUUCCGACCGUGCGGAAUAGCGCUACAUGGUACGUAUGGGGCUGAAGAAGGCGACGUAGGCGGACGCUUCCGGGCGUCUGCUGUGAACGACGAUGUCCAAAGUCAUGCGCGUGCCGAAGCUUUCGGACCUCCCCGCCGCCAAGUUGCCAGGCAGAACGCCCAGAUCGACCUUCGUCUCGACGCCUACGACACAUCCAUACCACAGCUUCUUCGCUGCCGUCUCCAACACCGGCGUGCAAAAGUGGCGUGCCAAGGAAACCGACGAAUCGGAGAAGGUUGCAGACCACUGUCUUGUCCGCGCAACCACGACGGAGCAUCAUGAUGUUCAGCCGCUGCAUCGACUAACGGGAGAGGCCUUCGUGCGUGCUUGGAUGCAAUGCGUGCAAGCACACUAUCUCAACUGGCUCAACGGCGUCCACCACAAAGACCUAAGCCUGAACAGCCUCACGUACCGCGUUCAGGACGGCGCCGUCUGCGGCGUGCUCAACGACUGGUACCUCACCGUCGAUACUCCAACGCCCCAGACGUUGCCCUUCAUGGCCGUCGACCUGCUGUGUGAAGAGGCCUGCCGCGGCGAGGUCCGCCACCUCUAUCGCCACGACCUCGAGGCAUUCCUCUGGAUCUUCGUGUGGGUGCUGUGUUGCUACAAGGAUGGGAAGGAGAUUAGUCCCUUGCCGGAAACCUAUCGUCUUUGGACUUUGGGCGACACGACGGUGUGCCAGGCGAGCAAACGCGAUCUUCUUAUGCGUCGCUUUAUACGCGACGACGGCCCGACCGCAUCGUGGACUGCCGAAGCUGUGCUCGCACUCCACAUCCUCAGUUACCUCUUCGACGCUCAGCUCGCCCGCGACAAGAUUGGGACAUAUCAGUGGCCUCUUGAACGUUCGGGCCCAGUGGAGGAAGCGGACGAGCCGGAGAAGGUCUGGGCGGAGUUCUGCGCGAGGGUUAGUACGGGGCACCCCGCCAUUAGCUACAUUCCCGAGAUUCCUAGUAGUGACAAUUGA